AUGGAUAAGCCAGAAGAAAUUGCAUCAAGCGACCUAAACGCCAAAAAACUAUUCAUAUUUACCGAAUUUAACCGAGAUCGUAACGCGUGCAACGAGCUGGUUGAUAUACUGACCAAAUGUGACCAGGAACAUGCUGCCAAAGAGCUGGAACAGUACAACCAGUCCACUACACCUAUAGUCUACUCGUCCGACGUUAAAAUAACGGUCAAAAACGCCCACACCUUACGAUCGGGCGCCUCCCGUUGGUUCGUUAUGGACGGCACCCCCCGGGGGCGGGUAAUCUUGUUUCUACAGCUGGAUGAGCUGAAAAAGGAGGCAGAUCGUUUUGACCACAUUUUUCAACAAAUGUAUUNGGACGGCACCCCCCGGGGGCGGGUAAUCUUGUUUCUACAGCUGGAUGAGCUGAAAAAGGAGGCAGAUCGUUUUGACCACAUUUUUCAACAAAUGUAUUUCUCGGUCGAGAUUUUCGUGAACUACUCGUGCGACCAGAUUCUGGACACUCUUAAGAACGCCUCACGACAGGAGUUCAAAAAGGAUGCCUUGAUUGUCAUGUUUAUUGGCCAUGGGCACGAUGAAAUGAUCCAGGGUAGUGGUCAUGGCCAGGAUGAGAUUCAUAUUAAGAAACUCAUUGAUCAGUUUUCGGAAAGAAAUUGUCACCCGACUCUCAGACCUAAGCCCAAGAUUUUUGUGUUCAAUUGCUGCAGAAUUAAGACUGACAUUAAUUUGGAAGAGAAACGGAAGUCUAUUGACGGGGAGUGGAUGGACGGCACCACUCGCACCUACAUCUGUUAUGCCUGUGCCGAGGGCAUUCAAGCGUUUUACUCGACCAGUGGUUACACUUUGUUUGGACAGGCAUUCAGUCAUUGUAUCGCCGAAUACGCGUGCGAUUCCAAUUUGACACAAAUAUUUAGCAAGACAUGUGAGGAAUUGAACCGGGCUGAUAUGCCUCAACGUCCAGAGCUGACUAUGAAGAAUGUGGACAGGGACUUGUACUUUAACCCUGGUCUAUUUAAGGCAAAUAAAUAGAUUAAAUCUGAUUAAAUUUUAUUGCUAGAAAUACAGGAUUGUGUG